GCGGUGAUGGUGAUGCAACAAACGUGGUGCUGUAAGUGGGGCCUUUCAACAUUAAACGCUGCCGUUUGGCCUUCCAGGUUUGUUCCGUUCUUCAACGCUGGAACCUUGAGAGUUUUCGACUCGAAAUGGCCAAACGACUCGGCUCCCAACUUUUUGUUAGCAGAUUAUCAUUCUACAUAACGAAUCAACAGCUGAAACAGUUGUUUUCUCCAUUUGGAGUGGUUACGGAAGCGAGGCUGGUUAUAGACCGGGAGACUCGAAGGCCUAAGGGGUUUGGUUUUGUGACAUUUGAAUCAGAGAUUGAUGCACAGAAGGCGCUGGAAGCCAUGAAUGGCAGGAUACUUGAUGGUAGGCUUAUCUUCGUUGAAGUUGCCGAAACGUCCAGGUAAGAUGCUAGUUCUAGAGAACAAGAACUGCAUGCGGGGACUUGUGCGGCCGGCAUUAGUUGAUUAAUCAAAAAUUUGUAAUAUUAUAUUAAGCUUGGAUGUAAAAUACUUAUCCAAAUGAUAGCACUAAAUAAAUAUAUGUUCUAUUACAAGUUAUUUGAAAUAUUGUA